AUGCAACCUAAAAAACACAAUUCAAAUUUAAGCAACUCGAAAAUAGAAAAAAAGUAGUUAGAAGAAAAAGUCAAUUAAUUCAUUUAAGAUAAUGAUGGGUUAAGCACUAGUGAUUUAAUAAGCAAGGCAUCAAUGGUUAAAAAAUCUGAUUAAAAAUCAACAAGUUAAAAUAAAAAGCUUCCCAUUGCGAAAUAAUAGGAAUAGAAAAUAGGCAAACCUCCUACGACCAAAGAAACUGAAAAAUAAAUAAUUUAAUAAAAACCUGUCUAGAUAAAAAAAGAAGAAGCAAUUUAAUAAAACAAUGUUUCUUAGACAGAAUCAAUGAAAACUACUAGUACGAUAAAUGAAAGACAGUUACAAGUUAAAUUAAAGGAAAAGUAAAGGGAGAUGCAACUAUUAAAUGAUAAAGUGAAAAACUUAGAAUCUGAUAUAAUGUUAUUGAAAAACUAGAAUAGGGAGUAUUAAGAGUAAUGAAUAUUGUUAUUCAUAUAGGUUGUUGAAUGAGAAGACAAUGAAAACGACGUUACAUUAUAAUCAAAGACGUUUUUUACUCUUGUCCUAAAAUAUAUUAAGCAAACAACAACAAAUUUUCAGAAUGACUUAGAUCGUCUAAUUAACAAGACAGAUAUAAUAUGAAUUGGAAAAUCAAGUAUAACAGUUUAUAACAAGCUUAUCAAUUUGAGAGAAACAAUGGAGAGCAUUUAGGAUACAUACGAUGGAGCUUAUAAACUUAGUACCUUUUGCGAUAAACAAUUGGAACGACUAAGAUACAUAUAAUCAUAAUAAUUGCAUGAGUAGGAGGUGCAAUUUGAAUAAAAAAAUAACUCUUAGAAGCACAUUUUACUAACACUUUCUAAAGUGGAUGCUUGCAUAUCGGAAGUAGUCAAUUUAUUUGAUAGCAAUAGAUAGUAGUAUGUAAGUUGUUAUUUCUAUUUAGAAUUUUAUAGAUGAUUAAUUAAUAUCAAAAUUGGAUGCAUUAUCAAUUAAUCUAAACCGAGUGAUUCAAUGCAAAGAAUUGCCAAACAUCAAUCUUAAACCCAACUUAGUAAUUUUAUAAGAGGAAUUUCAUAGAACUCAAGGAACUUUCAAUAGUAUAUUUCCUCAUUACAAUAGUGUGAGUGAAUUAAUAAAAAAGUAAAUACAAAAUGAUUUAAUUUAUUCACAACUUGAGGAUAUUUCAAAGGAGUCAAAAGAAUUAAAAAAUUGUCCCUUAGCUAUUCGAUAAAUAAAUAUUCUAAGAUCUUUGGUUAUCCAUUGUCUCCUCUCAAUUCAUACAUUCAAUUUCAGACCCACCUUUAAACCAUUCUUCGAGAUAAUCUAACCAUUUCUAUAAGAUUGCUAAGGAAUUUUUGAUUAGUAUUAGGAUAAUAACUAAUAGAUGGGACAAUAGGUCAUAUGGGAAUUAUGGAAAUCUAGUCACAAAAAUCUCUAAUAGUGUACAGAGUAAUAAAUUUGAAUGAUUUUAGGAAUAUUGCAAAAGAGGUAAAUUAGAUGAAAUAAGAAUACUCGGGGUAUUGGAAUCACAAAAUAUUUGAUCUUUAGUAGAAAUGA